GGGAAACACAAAUAACCUGCCUGUGGUAAUUCUGCUGGGGUGGGCUGGCUGCCGUGAUAGACACCUGGCGAAAUACAGCACCAUCUACCAUCAGAAGAACAUGUAUAACAUGGGCAGUGAGUACAGGCUGCAUACAUCUGUACAGACCUGGCAGGGCCAACUUUAAGGGUCAAAGGCAAGUUCAACCAUGGCUUAUUCAGCCUCUGGCCUUUCUUCUGAGACUAACAAGUGUGCUGGUUAUUGAUAGCUUUUGUGAUCAGGUUGCCUGGCUACUGGGGAUUGAUUUAAUGCCCCUAACUCAUUUCACACAAUUUAUGGAACAGCCAUCAGAUGGUAACAAUGUUCAGUCAUUACCAACCUGGACAGGAUUUGGUAUAGUGACCUAGAAAUGGAAGUUUCUGACAGUGUCUGUCUCAUUUUCAGUCCCCUUUUAAAAUAUGUUGCUUUGCUGGUCUAUGGAAUGAUGGAAAAUGCAUGGCUUUUGGACCUAAUGGAAUCUAGGCCCAUUAUUUCUCAUCUCUUUCGCAAUAUGUGAGAAUGGACUUUGUUUUGGUUCCACAUUUUUUACAAAGAUAGAUGCCAAAGUUCUACUUGGAAUACUACCCAGCAUGACUGCCUCACAUGCCCUCCUCUGAACUGUUAAUGUUUAACCUGACAUGAGAUCAUAUAUUAAAGUGUGUUCUAGUACAGAAUGACUUGUGACUGGAUGUCUCAGGAUUGGUAACAGCAUUUCACUGCUCAGUUGCAACUGGCCACAGCAUUCCGCAACUGCUCAGUAUCCUAUAUGAAAUGCAUUUGGUGUCUCAGUCCCGUUGCCAGAAAGGGGUGCACAGUUAUCCGCUACACAGCUCCAUGGAAGAUGGUGUUUUUCGCAGACAGCUUUGGCAUCAGGUCCCUCCAGACCCAAGCUAGAAAGCUCCUGGAGCUGCUCUUUGACUAUAAAAUUGAAAAGAAACCCCUGCUGUUUCAUGUGUUCAGCAAUGGCGGGGUCAUGCUUUACCGCUACAUCCUAGAGCUUAUCCACAUGCACGGGCAAUUCAGCAACCUCAAGGUGGUGGGCACCAUUUUUGAUAGCUCCCCGGGCAGAAGAAACUUGACGGGGACUCUGCGUGCCUUGGCAGUUGUCUUGGGAUCAACUAACGUGCUGCUCAAGUAUUGCCUCCUGCUUCUCUUCGCCAUCCUGGUGGUGGUGCUGCGGAUCCUGAUGUAUCCAGUGACUCGCUUCUUCCAUGAGAUCCAUUAUGACGCCCUGCUGAAGGGGCCUUCGAGGUGGCCCGAGCUCUACCUCUACUCCAAGGGUGACAGAAUCAUCCUGGCCAGUGACAUAGAGCACAUGAUCGAGGCCCGGCGGCAGCACAAUGUUGCAGUGAGAGCUGUGGACUUCUCAGACUCUGCUCAUGUGAGUCACUUGCUGGCAUAUCCCUCCUAUUACAUGAGCCUCUGCACCUCUUUCAUGUAUGACUGCGCUGGAUGCGCGUAGGGUUCACCAAGGCA